GGGACCCCGCCGCCCGAGGGAAUCUGGAAAAGUUGUAAGCAAGACAGCAUUUCUGUAAGAAAAUUUUGGAUAGCAGAAGUUCUGGAUAACAGGGAAAGCCUGCUCAGUCACCAUGAGCUGGAGCUUCCUGACUCGCCUGCUGGAAGAGAUCCACAACCAUUCCACGUUCGUGGGGAAGAUCUGGCUCACCGUCCUGAUCGUCUUCCGGAUUGUCCUCACAGCUGUAGGAGGGGAGUCCAUCUACUACGACGAGCAAAGCAAGUUUGUGUGCAACACAGAGCAGCCCGGCUGCGAGAACGUCUGCUACGAUGCCUUUGCGCCCCUCUCCCACGUGCGCUUCUGGGUGUUCCAGAUCAUCCUGGUGGCGACCCCCUCGGUGAUGUACCUGGGCUACGCCAUCCAUAAGAUUGCCAAGAUGGAGCAUGGUGAAGCAGACAAGAAGGCAGCCCGGAGUAAACCCUAUGCGAUGCGUUGGAAACAGCACCGGGCCCUCGAAGAGACAGAAGAGGAUCAUGAAGAGGAUCCCAUGAUGUAUCCAGAAAUGGAAUUAGAAAGUGAAAAAGAAACUAAAGAGCAGAACCAACCUAAACCCAAGCAUGAUGGCCGACGGCGGAUUCGGGAGGAUGGUCUCAUGAAAAUCUAUGUGCUGCAGUUGCUGGCGAGGACCGUGUUUGAGGUUGGUUUUCUGAUAGGGCAGUAUUUUCUCUAUGGCUUCCAAGUCCAUCCAUCUUAUGUGUGCAGUCGAAUUCCUUGCCCUCAUAAGAUAGACUGCUUUAUUUCUAGACCCACUGAAAAGACCAUCUUCCUUCUGAUAAUGUAUGGUGUGACAGGCCUUUGCCUGAUGCUUAACAUUUGGGAGAUGCUUCAUUUAGGAUUUGGGACAAUCCGAGACUCAUUGAACAGUAAAAGGAGGGAACUGGAAGACCCGGGUGUUUAUAAUUAUCCUUUCACUUGGAAUACACCAUCUGCUCCCCCUGGCUAUAACAUUGCUGUCAAACCAGAUCAGAUCCAGUACACCGAACUGUCCAAUGCUAAGAUCGCCUACAAGCAAAACAAAGCCAACAUCGCCCAGGAACAGCAGUAUGGCAGCCAGGAGGAGCACCUCCCAGCUGACCUGGAGACUCUGCAGCGGGAGAUCCGGAUGGCUCAGGAGCGCUUGGACCUAGCAAUCCAGGCCUACAGCCACCAAAACAACCCCCAUGUUCCCCGGGAAAAAAAAGCCAAAGUGGGCUCCAAGGCUGGGUCCAACAAAAGCAGUGCAAGUAGCAAAUCAGGGAAUGGGAAGACCUCCGUCUGGAUUUAAUCUUGGCUGGGCUCAAAACUUGUGCUUUUCAUAGUUUAUGGUAAGCAGCGGCUCACUGAAUAAUGACUUCCAUUGAGUAAACAUUUGGCUCUGGUUAUCUUCAGGGAUGCUGUUGGCUUGUGAUCCAAGCUCAGGGGACUCUGAAGGCAGGGCUGGGACAGG